CAGGCGAACACACUCCGACCAUACUUGGCAGCCGUAAGGUCCUCCCUGACGGCGGCGAUGACGCUUGAGAACUUCGCAUCCCAGGUCGUAGAACGACACAACAAGCCGGAAGUAGAGGCUGCAUCCUCCCCCGAAGUCCUCCUGAACCCCCUUGUGAUCUCCCGUAACGAGAACGAGCGAGUCCUGAUCGAGCCGUCUAUCAACUCGAUCCGCCUAAGCAUCAAGAUCAAGCAAGCAGACGACAUAGAGCGGAUAUUAUGUCAUAAGUUCACUCGGUUCAUGACUGGUAGGGCGGAGAGCUUCGUCGUCCUCCGACGAAAGCCAGUCAAGGGUUACGACAUCUCGUUCUUGAUAACCAAUUUCCACACUGAGUCAAUGUUGAAGCACAAGCUGGUGGAUUUCAUUAUACAGUUCAUGGAGGAUGUCGAUAGGGAGAUCAGCGAGAUGAAGCUCAGUCUGAAUGCGAGGGCACGCAUAGUCGCCGAAUCGUACCUGAUUACC